AUGUGCUACAUUCCUGUUGUAAGAGAAGCCAACCUUUCUCAAUUCCAUGAAGAUUUCACAAUGUUUCUCAACUCUAGAUCUCAAGAGGUGGUUCCAAAUGGUUAUAUGGUCUUAAUACUUCAAGGUAGGCAAUCCCAUGAUCCCUCAAACAUAGAAAGUUGCUACAAGUGGGAACUAUUAGCUAUGGCCAUUGCUGAAUUGGUUUCACAAGGAUUGAUGGAUGAAGAUAAGCUAGACUCGUUCAAUGUGCCUUACUAUUCUCCAUCAUAUGAGGAAGAGCAAGAUAUAGUGGAGAGGGAAGGAUCAUUCACAAUUAAGCUUAUGAAGGCUUUUUCACUUGAUGCUAUGGACAAGCAAGAGAAGGAUGUGAGGGCUAAAGUGGGAAAGUAUGCCAAGGGUAUCAGGUCCUUCACAGAGUCUAUGAUCUCAAACCAGUUUGGAGAUGAAGUCAUUGACAAACUAUAUGAUAAGUUCACUCAUAUUGUAGUUGAAGAUUUGGCCAAAAAGUCACCAAAGGCCACAAGUAUCAUUCUGGUGCUUACCAAGAUUGUUGGAUAG